AUGAAGAAGAAUGCAUCACCUCAUCCUUCAGAGCAUAGCAUGUCUGUUACCUCCCCUCUUCUUGAUUUGGAAAAGGAAUCUGAGAUAUCAAGUGGUGAAGGGUCUCAAAAUAGGGUCAUAGAAUUAGAAGAUGAAGUGAAAGAUGAGUAUAGCAUUAAUGAUAGUCCCAUUGAACAAGUGAGGCUAACAGUUCCAAUCACUGAUGACCCUUCUCAGCCAGCACUCACUUUCAGGACUUGGAUUCUAGGACUAGCUUCAUGUGUGCUCCUUGCAUUUGUCAAUCAAUUCUUAGGUUACAGAACCAACCCUUUGAAAAUCACUUCUGUCUCAGCUCAGAUUAUUACACUCCCACUUGGGAAACUUAUGGCUGCAACACUUCCCACAAAACCAAUUCAACUCCCUUUCACAGAUUUGUCCUUUUCGUUGAAUCCGGGGCCAUUCUCUUUGAAGGAACAUGCGUUGAUAACCAUUUUUGCUAGCUCGGGAUCUAGUGGUGUUUAUGCAAUUAGCAUAAUCACAAUAGUUAAGGCUUUCUAUCACAAAAACAUACAUCCUGUAGCGGCUUAUUUGUUAGCGCUAUCGACUCAGAUGCUAGGGUAUGGAUGGGCUGGAAUUUUCAGAAGGUUCCUUGUUGAUUCCCCUUACAUGUGGUGGCCUGAAAACCUUGUGCAAGUGUCCCUUUUUAGAGCAUUUCAUGAAAAAGAAACAAGGCCUAAAGGAGGAACUUCUAGGCUGCAAUUCUUUUUCAUAGUCUUUGUAGCUAGCUUUGCAUAUUACAUUGUCCCGGGCUACUUUUUCCAAGCAAUAUCAGCUGUGUCUUUUGUUUGCUUGAUUUGGAAAGAUUCCAUAACAGCACAACAGAUCGGAUCGGGCAUGAAAGGCCUUGGCAUUGGUUCAUUUGGCUUGGACUGGAACACGGUUGCUGGCUUCUCAGGUAGUCCUUUGGCUGUGCCUGGUUUUGCCAUCAUCAACAUAAUGGCUGGAUUUUUAUUGUAUAUGUAUGUUUUGAUUCCAAUUGCUUAUUGGAACAAUUUGUAUGAAGCUAAAAAAUUUCCCCUCAUUAGCUCUCACACAUUUGACUCUACCGGUGCGACUUACAACGUUACUCGGAUCCUCAAUACCGAAACUUUCGACAUUGAUAUGGACAGUUACAACAAUUACAGCAAGAUCUAUCUUAGUAUCAUAUUUGCGUUUCAGUACGGAUUGGGCUUUGCAACUCUUACAGCCACAAUUUCGCAUGUUGUCCUCUUCCACGGAGAAAUGAUUCUCCAGAUGUGGAAAAAGUCGGCAAGUUCACUAAAAAACCAACUCGGAGACAUCCAUACAAGAAUUAUGAAGAAAAACUAUGAACAAGUUCCUGAAUGGUGGUUUGUUUCCAUUCUAAUUCUAAUGGUUAUGAUGGCUUUAGUAGCUUGUGAAGGCUUUGGCAAGCAACUUCAACUUCCGUGGUGGGGAAUCUUACUUGCUCUAGCAAUUGCAUUAGUUUUCACAUUACCAAUUGGUGUCAUCGAAGCAACAACAAACACAAGAUCUGGUCUCAAUGUGAUCACUGAGUUGGUUAUCGGUUUCAUCUAUCCAGGAAAGCCACUAGCUAAUGUAGCUUUCAAAACAUACGGCCAUAUCAGCAUGCUUGUAGGCACUGUAGUUGCUUCAUCUGUUAACUUUGGAACGGCAUGGUGGCUUCUAACAUCUAUCGAGAACAUAUGCGAUGAAUCAUUGUUGCCGAAAGGUAGUCCUUGGACAUGUCCUGGUGAUGAUGUGUUCUAUAAUGCUUCCAUCAUAUGGGGGGUUGUAGGGCCAAAAAGAAUGUUUACUAAAGACGGCAUUUAUCCUGGAAUGAAUUGGUUUUUCCUUAUUGGUCUAAUUGCACCUGUUCCAGUGUGGCUUCUAUCUAUCAGAUUUCCUAACCACAAGUGGAUUCAACUUAUUAACUUUCCUAUUAUCAUCGCAGGUGCAUCUAGCAUUCCACCUAGGAGAUCUGUGAAUUAUAUUAGUUGGGGAAUUGUUGGAAUAUUUUUCAAUUUCUAUGUUUACAGAAAGUUCAAAGGUUGGUGGGCUAGACAUACUUAUAUUCUUUCAGCUGGUUUAGAUGCUGGAGUUGCUUUUAUGGGUUUAUUACUCUAUUUUGCUCUUCAAUCUUAUGGUAUAUUUGGUCCAACAUGGUGGGGUCUUGAAGCAGAUCACUGCCCUUUGGCAGGAUGCCCUACAGCUCCAGGUAUACAUGCAGAGGGUUGUCCUGUCAUUAACUUCCAUGUUACCAUUCCAUCACCAGCAUUGCCAAGUUAA